AUGUUCGAGGCGUUGAAACCCAGCGACCCCAUCCAGAAGAAAGCAGGAGAAGCACAAAUUGGCGGUAGAUUGGCUACCACCCGCCGACCCUUGAGCCCGGGGAAACGCAGAAGUGACUGCAGCAAGCCCGGGAAGCUGCCGGCGAGGCAAGCGGAAGAGGCGGGGCUUCGCGGGCGACGUCAUCGGGGCGCCGGGCGCCCGGUGCGCCUGGGAAUUCGAAGCAAACAGGCAGCGCCCGGCAAUGGCGGCCGCUGGUGUAGCUUUGGGGCCCUUGGUGACUGGUCUGUACGACGUGCAGGCUUUCAAGUUUGGGGACUUCGUGCUGAAGAGCGGGCUCUCCUCCCCCAUCUACAUCGAUCUGCGGGGCAUCGUGUCUCGACCGCGUCUUCUGAGUCAGGAACUAAGCGUCUUGUAGAAGGAGCUAUUAAUCCAGGAGAAACCUGUUUAAUAAUUGAAGAUGUUGUCACCAGUGGAUCUAGUGUUUUGGAAACUGUUGAGGUUCUUCAGAAGGAGGGCUUGAAGGUCACUGAUGCCAUAGUGCUAUUGGACAGAGAGCAGGGAGGCAAGGACAAGUUGCAGGCACAUGGGAUUCGCCUCCACUCAGUGUGUACAUUGUCCAAAAUGCUGGAGAUUCUCGAGCAGCAGAAAAAAAUUGAUACUGAGAUGGCUGGGAGAGUGAAGAGAUUUAUUAAGGAGAAUGUCUUUGUGGCAGCGAAUCAAAAUGGUUCUCCCUUUUCUGUAAAGGAAACACCCAAAGAACUCAGCUUCGGGGCACGUGCAGAGCUGCCCAGGAUCCACCCAGUUGCAUCGAAGCUUCUCAGGCUCAUGCAAAAGAAAGAGACCAAUUUGUGUCUGUCUGCUGAUGUUUCAGAGGCCAGAGAGCUAUUGCAGCUAGCAGAUGCUUUAGGACCCAGUAUCUGCAUGCUCAAGACUCAUGUAGAUAUUUUGAAUGAUUUUACUCUGGAUGUGAUGAAGGAGUUGAUAACUCUGGCAAAACGCUAUGAGUUCUUGAUAUUUGAAGACCGAAAAUUUGCAGAUAUAGGAAACACAGUGAAAAAGCAGUAUGAAGGAGGUAUCUUUAAAAUAGCUUCCUGGGCAGAUCUAGUAAAUGCUCACGUGGUGCCAGGCUCAGGAGUUGUGAAAGGCCUUCAGGAAGUGGGCCUGCCUUUGCAUCGGGGGUGCCUGCUCAUUGCGGAAAUGAGCUCCACCGGCUCCCUGGCCACUGGGGACUACACUAGAGCAGCGGUUAGAAUGGCCGAGGAGCACUCUGAAUUUGUUGUUGGUUUUAUUUCUGGUUCCCGAGUAAGCAUGAAACCAGAAUUUCUUCACUUGACUCCAGGAGUUCAGUUGGAAGCAAGAGGAGAUAACCUUGGCCAACAGUACAAUAACCCACAAGAAGUUAUUGGCAAACGAGGUUCUGAUAUCAUCAUCGUAGGCCGUGGCAUAAUCUCCGCAGCUAAUCGUCUGGAAGCAGCGGAGAUGUACAGAAAAGCUGCUUGGGAAGCGUAUUUGAGUAGACUUGGUGUUUAAGUGCUUCAGAUACAUUUUUGUGAAGACAUUGAAGAUAUGUGGUUCCCCUGAAAGUUACUGGCUGGAAAUCAUCAGCUGCCUUUACUACUGCUUGGAGUCUUCCACAGGGCUUGUGUAAGCAUGGUCUUUAGGAAAUACUGAGUAAUUUGUAAUCACUGCAUUGUUACUAUAUUAAGUUCAUUCUCAAGCUUG